CAAAUUCAUGGCCUCCAAAAUCCAUUUCCAAUGCUACCCGCUCAAAGGUCAAGGCAUUUUCUCAGCUCUCUCACCCACCAAUUCCCACACUUUUCGGCCUUUCAAACAAGGCUUUUCAGCAGCACCUUCUCCUCUCUAUUAAACCUAUGCAAGAAACCACGCCAUCUCCCACAAAUCCAUGCAAGGUUCAUCCUCCAUGGCCUCCACCAGAACCAAACUGUUUCCUCUCAUCUCAUUGAUUCCUAUGCCAACUUUGGCAUCCUUAACCUCUGUUUGCAACUCUUUGAUUCCAUCACCAACCCAAGUUCACAUCUUUACAACACAAUUUUAAGAAAUUUAGCGACUUUGGGCGAAUAUAAAAGGACCCUUUUGGUGUACAAGGACAUGGUGCUAAAAAAAUCCAUUUUCCCUGAUGAGAAGACUUACCCUUUUGUUCUAAGAGCUUGUUCUUAUUUGUUAGAUGUUGAGUAUGGAAAAAUGGUUCAUGGGCAGUUGGCAAAGUUGGGUUUUGAUUCAUUUGAGGUUGUGGGUAAUGCUUUGUUGGAGUUCUACAGUGGGUUUAGUGGAUUUGAGCAAAAGGUGGUUGAUGAAAAACCUGUUAAGGAUUUGGGUUAUUGGAAAGGUUUGAUUUUUGAGGCUUCUCAAAGUGGAAGUGUGGUCUCUAUUAUUAAUUUGUUGGGGGCAAGUGUUGACUUAGGUUCAUUGGGUACAGGAAAAGCUCUUCAUAGUUUGGUUCUAGUUAGUGAUUUAAGUAACGAUUUGUAUGUGAAUACUGCUUUGUUGUCAAUGUAUUCAAAACUAGGUAGUUUGAAAAGUGCAAGAUUGUUAUUUGAGAAGAUGCCAGAUAAGGAUCUUGUUGUCUGGAAUAUAAUGAUUUCUGCUUGUUAUCAACAUGGAAAACCCAAGGAAUCACUUGAAAACUUGAGGUGCAUGGCAACCUCGGGGGUUAGAGAUGAUAUGUUUACUGCUAUUCCUGCUAUUUCCUCGAUUAGGCAGUUGAAAUCUAUCAAAUGGGGCAAACAAAUACAUGCUCAUGUGAUGAGAAACGGUUCGGAUUAUCAAGUUUCGGUUCAUAAUUCUCUUAUUGAUAUGUAUUUUCAAUGUGAUUGUUUGAUUUAUGCGCAAAAGAUUUUUGAAAGUCUAACAAUAAAAACUGUGGUUUCAUGGAGCUCAAUGAUCAAAGGAUAUGUAAACCAUAAUCAGAAUCUUGAUGCUCUUUCUCUUUUCUCCAGGAUGAGAACAGAUGGAGUUAAAUCUGAUUUCAUAACAGUUAUCAACAUCUUGCCUGCAUUCGUGAAUAUAGGGUCACUAGAACAAGUAAAAUGCCUUCAUGGAUACUCAUUGAAGUUUGGUCUGAAUUUGCUGUCAUCUGUUAAUUCAGCACUUCUUAUCAGUUAUGCAAAAUGCGGAUGCAUAGUUAUGGCCAGAAAGCUUUUUGAUGAAGAAAAAAUUGAUGGUAAGGAUAUCAUAACAUGGAACUCGAUGAUCAGUGCUCAUGCUAAGCAUGGGGACUGGUCACAAUGUUGUGAGUUGUAUAACCAGAUGAAGCAUUUGAAUCUGAAACUGGAUCAAGUUACCUUUCUUGGGCUACUGACUGCUUGUGUCAAUUCGGGCCUUGUUAAAGAAGGUCGGGAAUUUUUUAAGGAGAUGAGGGAAGUGUAUGGUUGCCAACCAAACCAAGAACACUAUGCCUGCAUGGUGGAUUUACUAGGGCGUGCUGGACAUAUCAAUGAAGCCAGAGAACUUGUUAAAGAAAUGCCAUUCAAACCAGAUACUCGAGUGUGGGGCCCGUUGUUGAGUGCCUGUAAGCUGCACUCCGAGACCAAGUUUGCGGAGUCUGCUGCUGAGAAACUAUUAACAAUGGAACCAGAAAAUGCUGGAAAUUACGUUUUACUCUCAAACAUAUAUGCAGCUGCAGGCAAGUGGGAUAAAUUUGCUAAAAUGAGGAGACUUCUUAAAGAGAAAGGACUAAAGAAAACCCCUGGCUGUAGCUGGCUACAAGUAAAUGGACACGUACAUGAGUUUCGUGUUGCUGAUCAAUCCCAUCCAAAAGCAAAUGACAUAUAUGCUUUAUUAGGAAUCCUGGAGUUUUCAAUCAAGGAGUUCAGAGAUCACAGUGAAGGGAAAGUGUCUUAAAUGCUCAUUUCGUCCACCAUGGUAUUCAUAAUAGAUUUUAGAAAGUGCUGAUCACAAGUAGUUAACUUUUAUAAUGUUGCAUGAAAAUCUUCACCGAAGAUACUGCCACAAAACAGGUUAGAGCAAGGAAGAAAAUGAAGCAGUAACAAGUUCAACUCAUCAGCUGGCAUUUUUUGGUGCAUUUUGUUAUGAGCCAUCUAAGAUAAGGAUUUUUUCAUUUGUAGUAAAUUUUCUCCAUGGUUUCUUAUGGAUUUCACUUCAAUAUGUAAGCCAACUUGAAAUACUCAGGAUAUCCGUUGCUGUCAUUGAUGCUGCUCCAAAUGUCAGACAUAUCUGGCAGCCUUUCAUCAUUUUCAUAGGGGAACCUACAAUGAGAAAUUACAUGCCUGAAGCUCUUCCCAAGUUCCUAGCAUCAUGUGCCUAGGAGAGUUGCUGAUUGAUUUUGGAUGAGUACUUUGCUUUGGGCAUGGUGUAGUAAGCAAGUAUAAGAUAAGAGGCGGCUUCUCUCUUCUAUGUAACUUUCUGGGAAACAUUGGAUGCUUUUCCCCUUUGCAUAAACAGCAUUUCUAUUCACAUAUGAAUGAAACCAAAUCAUUGGAACGAGAUCCAUAGUGAGCUGAUAGUGUUUGUUGGAGAUAUUUGUAAGAGAUGGCAAUUCCCACUUAUGCCGCACUAUUUUGAUUAUAUAGAUGCUGUGGAUUUGUUUUCAUGAUGAUUUGAUACCUAGAACAACCAAAUAUGGUUACUUUGUAUCGU